AUGGAGCCUGAUUCCUCUAAUUCAGAUGAUGAUAGUGACUCCGACCCUGACUACUAUCAGUAUGAAUCUGAAGAUUUACACAGUCCAAUGUCAUCUGAUUGUGAGGAUGAUUAUGAUAGUGAACAAGGUGUGUGGCCUCAGGGAAAUCCAACAGCACCAUUUGGCCAAGUUCAUCUGGAGCUUGGGAUGGAGUUUGCUACCAUGGAUGAGUUUAAGAGAUCUGUGAGGAAGUACAAUAUUCAAAUAGGAAGAAUCAUCAAGUUCAGUAGGGUUGAGCCAACCAAAUGUAAGGCGAUUUGUUGGGAUGAGAAUUGUCCCUGGAACAUUUACUGCUCUAGGUCAAACGAGCCGAGGAGUUAUCAGGUGAAGACAUUUGUGGAUCAGCACGUCUGUGCUAGAAGACAUAAUAAUAAACCUGCAGAUAGGGUGUGGGUUACUGAGAUGCUAGAAGAAAAAAUUAGAGACCAAAGGAAAAUCACUUGUGCGGAGGCCGAAACUUGGUUUAAAAAAGAGUUUAAUGUAGCAAUUAAUUAUAAGAAGAUCCAGAGAGCCAUGAAAAAGGCAAGGGAAAAUAUAGAAGGAUCGGAGAGAGAACAAUAUGCUGAGUUGAGGGACUAUCUUAACCAAAUACUACUGUCAAAUCCAGGCUCAACAGUGCACUUGGAUACCACCCCAAUGCCUAACUCGUUGCCCUUGUUCAAGAGAGUUUACAUUUCUUUUGAGGCAUGUAAGAAGGGUUUUGUCUUAGGGUGUAGACCUUUCAUUGGCCUUGAUGGCACAUUCUUAAAGGGCUUCUAUGGAGGACAGCUACUCACUGCAAUAGGUCAAGAUGCUAACAACCAGAUUUUUCCAAUUGCUUAUGCCGUGGUGGAUUCAGAAACUAGAGAUAACUGGAAAUGGUUCUUGGAGCAUUUACAUAAUGACUUGGGCAACUACAAGGGUUUGAUUCCGGCUAUGCAACAAGUUAUGCCUGGAGUUCAUCAUCGCUUCUGUGCUAUGCAUAUUUGGAAUAAUUUCACAAAGAGAUGGAAGGACAAACAACUCAAAGGGGCAGUGUGGGAGUGUUGCCGAGCCACUACAACUCAAGAAUUUGAUGCUGCAAUGUUGAGGCUGCAACGGAUCAAUACUGGAGCAUGGGAGUAUCUGAACAAGCUUGAUCCGAAGCAGUGGACAAAGGCUCACUUCAGUGAGUGGCCGAAGGUUGACAACGUUACUAACAACAACUGCGAGACAUUCAAUGGUAAGAUUGUGAAAUAUAGAGGUAAACCCAUCAUCACUAUGUUAGAGGAAGUAAGGACAUAUGUAAUGAGAAUCAUGGCUAGAAAUAAAAAAAAUCUAUCUGGAUAUAUUGGAACGGUUGCUCCAAGACAGUUAAGUAGGCUUGAGAGAGAGAAGGAGGAGAGCAACAAGUGGACUCCCACCUGGUCUGGAGACGAUGCUGAAGAUAUAUAUGAGGUUGAGAAGCAUCCAACUAAAGUAACUGUUGAUUUGGGUAACCAGAAAUGUACUUGCAGAUUCUGGCAGCUUACCGGCUUACCUUGUAGGCAUGCUUGUGCUGCACUCGCUCUUAGAGGUCGCAAGCCAGAGGAGCAAAUCCACAACUGGCUUGGAAUGCAUGCAUACAGCACAGCUUAUCAAAUGAAUAUUAAUCCUGUGCCAAGCAGAGAAUUCUGGGAUAAAGCUGAUGGCUACCCUCCUCUGCCUCCCCACUAUAAAAAGCCAAUUGGAAGGCCCACCAAAAAAAGAAGAAGAGAUAAGAAUGAACAAAGACCAAACUCCAACCCUCACAAACUUAAGAGAAAUUAUGGUGUAACUCUAUGUAAUUACUGUGGACAGUUCGGUCAUAACAGCAGGACUUGUCAACAAAAGAAGGAUGAUACUUUGGAUGAAGAAGUUGCUCUAGCAGCAGAGGCAGCAGCUGCAGCAGCAAAAUCACAAAACCAACAAGAACAGAACACUAGAGAGCCAACAUCAGAAGUUAAUGUUGCCCAGCCUCCAUCUAACAAUUCUGGUUCAAGUGUUAGGGUUCAGCCAAUGGUCAGCUCUGAGACAAUGAAUGCUGCAAGUCCUUCUUUGAGAGAAAGGUUCCAGCAAUUUAUGCCCACACCAGGCCUGACCCGACAACCCAUGAGUGGCCCAAGACCCUCACCACUAGCCCCUAGUUUGAAUGGCCCAAAUGCAAGUAGUCCAAGUGCAAAAUGUGGUCCAGCUGCUAAAAAUGUUCCAAGUGCAAAAGUGGUAAAAGGUGGCUCAGGUGCAAAGGGUGUAACCAGUUCACAACCAAUAGGUGGAAUCAGCAAGUAG